GUUCCCUUCUAUUCAGUUUAACGGCAUGUGGAGCGACGUGGGAAUUUUGCGUGUAAUGAAGAAUUUCAAUCAACCUCAAAAAGCGUACUUUUUGGGAGGCGGGGCUCUUAUGUUGCUAAGUAUUAUGAGGAAUGACCUGCUGCAUUUGUCCUUUGUGGGCUCAUUUAUAAGGAGAUGAGAUUUUCGUCCGGCAUUGUUCAUUUCCACCAAAAUGGAAUUUAUGGAUCUAAAACUGCUGCCUUUAGACCCAAAGGACCAGGGCUCACAGCGUUGCAGGCUGGGGCCUAAAGCGAUGGCUGCCCUCGGACUGAAUAUUGGCAGUCCAGUAAGAAUUUCACUGCCUCGAGGUGAAUGCGUAUGUACUGCUUGGCCAAGAGGUGACCUGGCAGAUGGCUUCUUACAGUUCGACUCCAAGUGCAUAUCUGAAGAGCUUGCAGGGAAGACUUUCAAGAAUCUGGCUGUAAACCUUAAACAGAUAAAGAAAGCAGUCUUUACUAAGCUGCAUCAUGUCAAAGUCAUUGUUGUUGUUAAAACAGUGGAGUUCAAGCGAUCGACGCCAUCCACUUUACUUCAUGAGAUUGUAAAGGACAUGCUUCAUAACGUUUAUGUUUCGGCAAACCACAUAAUAUCUUUAGCUUCUGUGGAGACUCCUGUUGAGCUGGUCAAAUUACAGAAGCUGAGUCCCAGUACAGAUGACGUUGGCCUUAUCACCAGAAAAACGACUGUCAAAGUCACUGAAGUUAGGACCACAGAGAGCUACAAAUAUCAGUUAGAGAAUUCUUGGAAGAUUCCUCUGGGAGGACUGGAUGAUGUGUUUGCCUCUUUGGUGGAAAUUCUAAGCCUCCCCUUUCGAUACCCAAGAACGUUACAAAAGCUGGGUCUGGCCUGUCCUAAGGGGGUAUUGCUUAUCGGACCACCCGGCGUGGGGAAAACUCUAGUGGUCAAAAGUGUUACUAGGGAGGUCGGGGCUCAUUUGUUAACAGUAAGUGGGCCUGUAAUCCUUGGAUCAAGGCCAGGAGAAAGUGAGGAAAACUUGAGAGGGGUUUUUAAACGGGCAAAGGAUUUAUCCGAGGAGGGACCCUGUGUCCUCUUCAUUGAUGAACUUGAUUCUGUAUGCCCCAGACGCACAGAGUCUACGAAUGCACCUGAAAACCGCCUCGUUGCACAGCUUCUGACACUGAUGGAUGGGAUGGGCAGCGCCGGAAGCUUUGUUGUCAUGGCCGCAACAAAUCGCCCUGAUUCUUUAGACCCAGCUUUGAGACGACCAGGACGCUUUGACAGGGAGGUUAUUAUUGGAGUUCCUACACUUAAACAGCGAAUUUCCAUUUUAGAAGUGUUAAGUUCACAGAUGCCCGUUUGCGGAGAUGUUGAUCUGAUUUCAUUAGCAGAAAUGACUACUGGAUUCGUGGGUGCCGACCUCACAGCACUCUGCAGAGAAGCUGCAUUACAGGCAAUACUGCACAGUAGCCAGGUUACAGGCAGUCCUGAAAUCAAUAUGAAGCAUUUCCAUGAAGCCCUUAAAAGAGUUUACCCAUCAUGCCUGAGAAGUAGUGUUGGUUUAACUGACCUUAAGCCUAUCACCUGGGAACACAUUGGGGGCCUUGAAGAUGUGAAAUUAAAACUGAAACAGAGUAUUGAAUGGCCUAUGAAGUUCCCGGAAGCUUUUAUAAGAUUUGGGCUCACCCGGCCUAAAGGAGUCCUCCUCUAUGGACCACCAGGUUGUGCUAAGACGACGCUGGUAAAAGCUGCAGCCAGCAGCUCUCAUUGUUCCUUCCUGUCUGUUAGUGGGGCUGACCUGUACUCCCCUUACGUUGGGGACUCCGAGAAGACCCUGGCACAGGUGUUUCAGCAAGCAAGAGCCUGUGCUCCGUCAGUUCUCUUCCUUGAUGAGAUUGAUUCAAUUUUGGGGUCCCGGGCAGAUGUUAAAGCUGGAAGAGGUGUUCAAGAUAGAGUGUUGUCAGUUAUUCUUAAUGAGCUUGAUGGCAUUGGGCUAAAGGCGACAGAAAGAAGAAAAACAGGAUGUAAAAUAAUUCAGCAGGAAAGUCUAACAGAGAAACAGGAAGGUAACCAGCAGAUUGAGUACCAAGAGGUUUGCAAUAAAGAUGUCCUUGUUGUGGCAGCAACCAACAGACCUGAUUUACUGGACGAUGCCCUCCUGCGACCAGGGAGACUGGAUAAGAUCAUUUACGUGCCCCCACCUGACCGAGAGGCAAGACUUGCUAUAUUGAGGAUCUGCACAGAAAAGAUGCCAUUAGACCCUGAGGUAUGCUUGGAACGCUUGGCAGAUGUGACGGGAUUCUUCUCUGGUGCAGAUCUUGAAAAUUUUUGCAAAGAGGCAGCCUUACUUACCUUGCAAGAGGAGGGAUUGGAUGCUUCUUUCAUUAAACAUGGAUUCUUCCUGAAGGCACUUCAAACUAUAAAGCCGUCCUUAACGGUUCAGCAAGUAGAAUUUUACAAGACACUUUUAAAAAAGAUGAAAUAAUUCAGAAUGUACUGUUUAGAAAA